AGUAAUGGAUGAUUAUAUCAAGUCUGUUUUUUGUCGAUUUGGCAUUAGUCAAUUGACGGCUUCAGCUUAUCUGGAGGUGUGGUAUGUCGUUAAAGUGGAGAUAGACCUGUUAACAUGUGGAGAGAACUGGACAGCUCUUUGGAGGGGAAAGUGGGCGACUUUUUACCUAGCGCAAAUUUUUUAAUGUUUCUCUAUCCUGGGUCAUAAGGAUAAAGUCCCACUGCCGCUGUCUAGGCAGACCACAUACUUCACUUAUUUAAAAGACAUAAAAACUUUAUAAUUUCCUCUGUGAGUUACUUGCCAUUAUCAGGAAUAAUUGUUUAGAUACGAUAAGAUUUCCUAAAAAAUGUGGGACGACAGAAAGAGUGAGGAUCUCAAGCAUUACAAUCAAUAGUUAUCUGUACAUCCAGUUACAAUUAGGAGAUAUGACAGUACAAUUGCAUAUCUUAACUAGCAGUGAAUAGCUUUUACAUAUUCAUUAUCAACUGUACUAAUAUAUGGUGUGUUUGUUACAGAAUGCCAGCGCUCCGGCUGCUGGGGCGAAAAUGGCUGGCAGCCUCCGACGAUCUCGUCUUCCCCAGCAUCUUUGAACUACUCUUCAGAUUUGUUUGGCUAGUUCUAAUAGCACUAGUAGUCGAAGUCCUAUACCCGGUGACAUGGCAGUGCCAGUCCGAGGGUUGGCAGGGUGGCGCCUUCGUCAGGCUCUACCUGUGCGGCACGCUGACGCUGCAGGCUGCCCUGAUGCUGCUGCUGGCUGCGCUCGCACUGCAGUCCGCCAGAGGGACCAUCACAGACAUCGAUGCCCGGAAGAUGGUCUCGCCGUUACUUUUAAUCAAGGUGCUGUUAGUGUUUCCUGAAACGGCCCUAAACGUCAUGGGAACUAUGUGGAUGUUCUGUGAGGUCAUACAAUGUUCUGUCGAAGAUAAGUUCUCCAGUAUAGUCAUACAAAGUAUAGUCCUAUUCAACUGGGUACAACUAGGCCUCACAGUCUUCGGCCUAUUCAUGGUGUUUGACCCUCUGGGGUCAGUGAACUACGGUGACAUGCAGGACACUCCGAAUCAAGUCCGGCAUCACAGGAAAGUCACCGGGCUCUGGUCGAGACGGUUCCGAUGGGCCUUCUGCUGGUUGAAACGAGAUGAACAUGGAAAGGAGGCGUUUCAACAAGUUGCAGCUCUUCUCAGUGCACUGUUCCGGUCAACGGACUUGGUGCCCUCAGACGUGGUAGCCGGCUGCGUGCUCCUCAGGGUCCGACAGAAGAGGGAAACAAGAGAAAUGAGAAGGAUACAAAUGUUAAACGAUGAAGAACCUAUUUACACCACGGAUGUGAACAAAAUAUUCUCUGAAACACCGCCCUGGAUGAACUUGGAGGAUGCUCUCUAUUACUUGAGGCUGUCUAUAGCAGCUUAUGGAUGGCCCUACGUGCUGUAUCGACACUGUUUUACUGGAUUCUGCAAAUUGGCUCGCCACCUGACGUGCUGCUGUUGUCGACCAAAGAACUCCAUAGUGACGGAUGACAACUGCUGCAUGUGCAACUUUGCGGGCGUCAAGUAUAUGUCGAAGCUUGCCGCCGACGAUAUCAUCUUCGCUUCUUUCAACAACCGAGUCUUUGAAUUGCCAUUCUGCGUGAUUGCUGACCAUGAGCGGGAAAGUAUAGUGGUCGCUGUGAGAGGUUCCAUCUCAUUGAGGGACAUCUUCACGGAUUUCACCGCUGGAUCAGAACGAUUUGAAGCAGAGGGUUUACCAGAAGACACGGCGGCCCACAAGGGUAUGUCGAUGGGUGCCGCUAAGAUGCUAAAACGACUGCUGCCGGUGUUGGACAGAGCCUUUCAGCAGUUCCCACAUUAUGACCUCAUACUCACAGGUCACAGUCUCGGCGCUGGAGUAGCAGUAUUAGUAGCUUUAAAGUUAAGACCGAGGUAUCCACACCUUAAAGUUUUCGCAUUUUCAACUCCAGCUGGUCUCAUAAGCCGGGAAGCAGCGCGGUUCACAGAAACCUUCGUGAUGACGGUGGGCGUCGGUGAUGACCUGGUGAUGCGACUCUCGGUGCACAGCAUCGAGAACCUCCGUACCAAGAUCAUUCAGACGAUACACGCUACCAAGUUACCAAAGUACCGGAUAAUGUUGAACGGUUUCGGCUACGCGCUGUUCGGGGUGCCGGCCCGGGACCUGGAGUCCACAUGGCGGCGGCCGGAGCAGCUGGAGGCCCAGCAUUCCGACGACUCGGCCGAUGCGCUAUUGGUGCAUAGCGUCUCGACCGUGAGUGCUGAAGCCGCCUUAGUUUCCCGAGACGUGUUUGCGAGGAGGUUCUCUUCAGCGAGACUGUUCACAGCGGGGAGGAUAUUACACAUCGUGCGACGAAAGCGCAUGGGAAUCGAAAAGAAAGUGCGCACCACGGAGCCCACGUACGAGAUGCGGUGGGCGUGUCCUGAAGACUUCAUGGAGUUGCAGGUCAUGCCGCGCAUGUUACUGGACCACCUCCCCGAGAACGUACACCGCACCAUACGGACCGUGCUCGACGAACGACACCGCUACACUGUCACACACACAGUCUAAACAUGCAUAUAAAUAGACAAUGGAAACAAAUGAACCAACUGCGGAGGAAAUUGAACAGACGUAGUUCAAAGGAAUAUAGCACUUAUGUGAAUAACAAUAAGGUGCGUUUUCAACUACACUUGGAGAAGUUUAGAAUUUUAUGAAUGAAAAGACAAUUUAUGAUAAGUGUAUGAUGGCUCAAAGAUACCAUGACCACACAGACAUUUAAGUUAUAUUGCUUUUAAGUGUCCCUUUUUAAUUGUGUUUAAUGUGUAUCGGCAUAAUAAUAGAAGAGAAUUGUUAAUACUCAAAAGAUAAAAGAUUUAGGGUCAACCUCUCAAAAAGGAUAAGGUAUAUUAGUUUUAGUUGUUAUUUUAGUAUGAAGUUCAAAACUUUUAAACUAUUAAAACUUCUUAUAUUUCAAGUAAAGGAUAUACCACCACACAUCAAAGUAAAACCGUUGGCCCUGUGCAAGAGAGAGACCGCUCUACGCCGUUUAGUGCGCUGUCUCGCUCGCACAGCCUCAACAGCUUGACUUUAAAUGUAUUGGUAACUUCUCAAGACAUUAGGUAAAAUAUAAGGGUGUCAAAACAUUUAGGUAUCUUCAAAUUCUAAUUAAUAAGAGAACAAAAGUAAUUUAAUGAAUAAAGACACUUGGAAUGACUGAUCAGAAUCGUGGACUAAAUGUGUAAGAAUAUUACAUAUUUUACUAAUAAUCUAGUUUUUUGGAACGUAACUUGCCUAAAUAAUUGCCUGCAACUGCGCAUUGUUGCAAUCAAUGAAAUGACUUGACAGCUCGUUGAACAUAUUAAGAUUUUGUCUCUAUUUGGUAUUCUUGUUUUAACAUUUUAACACAAUGACAACUUUUUGUAUCACUGAACACCUCUUCGUUGCCAAAAAAUCUUAAAAAUAAAAGUUUCUAGAUAACAUUCUAAAAUUAAACCACACGGUUUUUAAAAACAGAACAGAAAACCAAUGCAUUAAAAAUAAGGUUGUCCUACGGUUGUCUAUGAAUUUUGAACAACUUUAUUGUAUAGAGAAUUUACAAAUCCUAUUUUAAGAGAAAGAUUUUUAUAUUUUUUUGUUGAAUUUUUAUCGUUUAUCCGAGCUGAAUCAUGACAUUGUGAUUUUAUUUUAUUGUUCCUAAGCCGACGUGACUCAGGUGACUAUUUCUACGACUUUUGUACAUAACUCUAAAUUACUCAGAAUUUCAAUAAAAUUGAUAUUAAAUUGACUAGAUAGACCAGUGUCAAAAUUAUCUUGUAGAUUAGUUAAGGACCUGUGAGCAGACUGUGAUGAUGUUAGUAUGAAAAUAUUAAGUAAGGAGAUAUGUUUGUGGAUAUAUGCAAGUGUUAUAUUAUUUUGUACAUAAUAGACAUAGAAUAAGAAUAUAUUUUAGGUUUCUGAUAUACAAAGCUCUGACAUACAUACGUCACGCGACCGACUCAGCGUUAUUUUAUUAAGCAUUAUUAAGCAUUUGAUUGAACCUUCCCUGUGUCAAGUGACAAUUCUGAAGCUUGCUAAAUAACAUGGAGAAAUGGCAUAAGUUUUUCAUAAGUCACGUGAGAUACUGCAGCAUUAAAAGUCCCCCUUUUUCCGCACUGGAAAUCAUCAAAAUACUCCCGUUUUGGGUUUUUGUCCACAAUUGUCUACAGGAGCCGCGGUAACAUUUCGGACAAAAGUCACCCUUUUAUGCCAUUCUGACACAUUCAAAAGAAAAAUGUUGGCUAAAUCGACAAAUUCCUGCUACUUUUUUACGUUUAUUCUACUACAAACAAAUUAUUUGUCAAUGACAAAGUGUAAGGAGUACUCAAAGUCCUUAAAUAUUCUGUUGGACUUAUCAGUCCCGGACUAUCAUUUGUCCAGGGAGACUGUGACGUCAUGUAUACCAGAGCCCCUAGGGAACUGUACCUCGUCCCAAUGUAACAUAUCAUCCUUAAGAAUCGUUAAUUCCUUUAUAAUGAAAUAUUUUUCAAAGAAUUUCAGUCAUUUUGCUUCAGAGCAAUAACUUACACUGCUCAAUGCAUAAAGCAAUGUUGAAUAUUCUAUUUUUAAAUUAUCCGGUAUAAUAUUUUUUUUGUUUAUUUCUACUGCCUGUAUUAAAAUAUUGCAUUCUUUCAUUGACGUGUUACACAAAAAUGAAAUUCAAUUUCCAUUGCGUGUUCAUUACCUACAUGGUAACAUACAUAGCAGUUUAAGAGAGCAAUGGUCAUAAAACAAUUACCUGUCUACGCAUUAUUAUUAGCACUAUUAAACUAAUUGUUGUUUAGCCUCGUUAUUUAAUUAAGACUUGCAAAAUCUACCACUAAGUACAAUAACUAGGCCGUAGAUGUAGCUUACAAUGUUACCGAAGUCAAUUAUGUAAUAAAUUAUCUACAUUGCAUAAUACCUAGUUACAUUAAUGUAAGUACAUAUAAGUAUAAAUUAUUUUCAUUGCUUCCAUACACCAAUGCCCUAAACACCAGUUAGGAAUAACCUAGAUUAUAUAAAUGUAAAGAUGUAUUUUUGUAAAAUAAUCGUAGAUCAAUUUGUUUUUUUUUUAUAUUUUUUGAUAAACUAUCAUAUAGUUACAAUUAUUAAACGUUGUAUCCGUUUCAUAAAUAAAGUUAAAAGAAAUAUUUAAAAAAUACGAAAGAGAAAGAUCUUUGUCUAAGUCAAAUUAUUGGGGCCUUCCGCGACCUAUGAGCACUUGUAGAAGCGAGACGGCACGACACACAGCUAAUCGUUGCGUCUCCCUUCCACAACUGCAUAACUCUUUGUCAGAGCAGGACCCGUUGAUGACGAAAACAAAGAAAUUUAAAAUGUACAAAAGAUUACCAUUUUUCAAAGUUUAUAAAAAUGCAUCUCCAAUGUUUAUUAAAUCAUAAUUAGGCCUCAUAAAAAUAAUUUGUUCGUCGUAGGGACCUACGUUCACUAGAAUAUAGAUAUAACAGUUUAAAUUUCGUGUACAUACCUACAUACUUUAACUUCGGGAACAAAAUUAUUGUGACUUGAUAAAGAUAUACUCUGAACGUUUUCUAGAUGAUAUUUUUUGUAAAUAAAGCAUUUACUUCGAAUAAUUUACAUUCCAAUUGUAUUCUGUAGCCCUCAGUCCGUCGUUUACACGCUACAGAUGUGAUUUGUUUAAGUUUUUAUUGUUUUGGGCUAUGAGGUGAAACUGUAACAAUUAUAUCCUUUUUUAUGGUUUAUUUUUAAGUUAAAGUUUUUUGAUAAUUGAAAAUAUACUAAAAGUUUAAAGGCAUCAAGAUGUUAUCGUUACAGGACAUAAAAAACUUGGACUAUAAAGUCAACGAAAAUUGUUUUCUAUAAAAAAUAUUGUUAUAUACACUUUCGCUGCAACAGCUGCCUUCAUAAGCAGCAUCUUUACAAGCAACUGAAGUAUUAUUACAGAAGCGAGCUACAAAACGUAGAGCCACGUCUUUCUUCCACAGUUACAAGAGUUCUGGGCCCCAAUUCUACUAUUCACAAUGGCCGAUGAAUGAAUGGAAUUGGAUUAAAAUGACGCUAUUCAUAUUCUCAUAAGCAUUUUUUUUCUACACUAUAUUUAGAAAUACAGUACGAGGCGGAACAGUCACGGUCAAUACGAUGAAUUUCCAUUUAUAGUGUUAGUAAAAUGCAAAUAAAGCGUGCGCUCUGAAUUUGUAGAAGUUGGUGCGCGCAGAGAAAAUAAACCGAUACCGGAGAGAGUUGCUGUUUACUCACAGCCUUAAUAGUUUUCAACAACUCUAGCCCAUUUCCCGUUUUUUUAUUGUUUAAUGAAAAUCUCAAAUUAUUGUGACAAGUUGUUUAUAGCUAUAAAUAAUAUAUUAUAUUGACCGUAUGUUUGUAUAUAAUGUUGUUUUGGCGUUCAGUACCGUUGAUAAGUUACUUAAUUAUUGUAUUCUUUGUAUUUUUAUAGUUUACACAAUGUUGGUACUGGAUCGCGUGAAUGUUCAAGUAUUAGAAGGACUGAGGUUCUUUUCACUUGUACCCUAAAUUAGGGCUUUAUAAUCUCUUUCACCUUAUGUAAUAGAGUAUAGCCAAUGUCUUGUGUUGGGUUUUGUUUUAAUUUAUAAAUAAAAUCUAUUUUAAGUAUGA